AUGCUUCAGCAAAGUGUAGACGGCUCGAAGUAUAUUUGUACUGAUCACGUUUCAUAUGUGGGGUGCAUUCACAAAAACGAUUUCUGUAAGCAUCAUGUGGAUCACCUAUUCUCUUGUAAGUGCUUCCGGGUAACGUAUGCAUUUGAGCUUCUUCGAGCGCUUCACCUACAAUGCAGAAUGCGCGGAUGUCACGUGCGCACAUUAUCUACCAAAACAUCACUUCUUUGUUUGUACAAUCAACUUGCCAUCAUGACUCUGGAUCAAGACGGAAGGUCAUCAGGAAAAAGAGGUCCAUCCACACCUUUGACCCCUCAUAAUAUGCAAAACAAGAGAAUAGUUUAUUCAAAACCAGACUCAUGCAAGUUCGAUUCUUCGAGAAUUAUAGAACCUCUGCCUCUGCAGUCAUCGUCUCAACUACAAUUGGUCGAUGCCAAGUACAAAAUGUGGCUAUUAGAGAAACUAUUAUCCAAACAGAGAGAAAUGACCAAGUUUUUGGAGCUUGAACGAGAGUAUGCUAUGGAAGGAUAG